AUGUACCAUUAUCAACAAGAUGCAAGCCCAAUCACUUUUCCAUUUAUCAAAAAGAAAUCCACUCAAUUCAAGCCAGCUCAGACAUCUGGAAAUGCACCCUAUGCAAACCCCAUUUAUUCAAAUCCUCAUGGAUCACUGAAGCAGCCUUACUCUCACAUAAAUACUACAUCGAUAUUUGCUCUACAGAAUGCCCUUUUGAGAAUGGUGAAGCACAUCUCUCGAUAG